UCUCAUUAGGAUGGCAAAGAAACAUAAUACUACUACUCCAGGUGGUUUGGACAAUGCCCGCCAAUCAAUGAAAGAAGAAUCAAUAGAAAGCCAAAGCACGGAUACCACUAGUACUUCUGAUGAUUCAGACAACGCCCAAGAGCCACCGAAUCUGGAAUUAGAAGGAAGUCCUAGCAUGAUUAGUACUCCUAAUAGUUUGGAGAUGGAGACACCAGUUGAGCAACCAGAAACAAGUCCAGGCAACGAAGAAGGCCCGGGGAGAGAAAGGAUUCUGAUGACUCUGUACAAGUUGGUUCACAAGGGGGAUUGGGAGUAUGUCAAGGACUAUCUUGAGCAACACCCUGAUGCAUUGACUACCCAAAUUUCGUUAACCGGGGACACCGCGCUCCACAUUGCAGUACUAGGCGGACAUGUGAAGAUUGUGGAGGAGUUAGUACAUAUGAUAAGUGCAAAAGACUUGGCACUUCCAAAUAGAACCAGAGAAACGGCACUUUCUCUUGCCGCAGGAGGGGGAAUCACAAAGGUAGCGAAGCCUUUGGUGAGAAAGAAUCAUGAUCUCCUAGGGAUGAAGAACUACAAUGGUAAUAUUCCAGUUGUCGUAGCUGCUCAAUUUGGCCAUGUUGACAUGGUACAUUACCUUUACCGGGUGACUCAAGAGAAAGAUCUCGAUCCUGAAAGAAGCGACCAAGGUGGCAAGCUUCUUACUACGUGCAUCAUUGCCCAGAUAUACGAUGUUGCUUUGGAUCUGGUCCAGCUGUUCCCAGGAUUGGCCACAGCAGGCGAAACACUAAAUACAUUGGCUACUAGACAAUCAGCAUUCGCAAGUGGAACUCAUUUGGUGUUCUGGAAACAAUGGGUCUACUCAUGCAUGCCCGUCCAUUCCCAUUGCGUCUCCAAAAUUCACCGGGACAUUGAGGCUCAUCCCGGAAUACCAAGUCACCAAGAAAACAUCAUCAUGCAAGCACUCAAUCAUCUGUAUGGACGAGCAUGGGAUCUCCUAAAAUUCUUCGCCCCCUGCAUCAAGCAUAUACAUGAUACAAAGGUAAAACAUGUUCAAGUCCAUGAGUUGUUGGGCUGCAUUUCCAAUGAUAUAUCAUCAUUGAAUCACUCAGAGAUAUAUGGAACAAAAUUAUUUCCAGCGGUAUUCGAAGCUGUAAAGCACAGGAACUCCGAGUUAGUCAAAGAGAUCCUCACAGCAUAUCCUGAUAUAGUUUGGAUUCUGGAUGAGGAAGAUCGCAACUUAUUUCUAUUUGCAGUUCUGCACCGGGAAGAAAAGGUUUUCUGCUUGUUGCAUGAAAUGGGGCCAAGGAAGAACCUAAUAGCAACUAGCUUGGAUAAAAAUGGAAACACCAUCUUACAUCAUGCGGCGAUGCUAUCACCUUCUUCUCAUCUGGAUCAAAUUUCUGGGGCAGCUUUACAGAUGCAGAGGGAGCUCCAAUGGUUUGAGGAAGUGGAGAAAGUUGUUCAACCAAUGUAUCGAGAACUACCCAAUAAUGAAGGUAUGACAGCACGUGAUUUGUUUAAUUCGCAGCACCAUAAAAUGAGAAAACAAGGGGAGAAAUGGAUGAAGGAGACCGCAACAUCUUGUACAGUGGUGGCAGCUCUUAUCGCUACCAUUAUGUUCACAUCAGCAUUCACAGUGCCAGGCGGUUAUGAUAAUGAAACGGGUGAUCCCCUGUAUUUGAAUCGUGGUUUCUUCAUGAUAUUCAUAGUAGCAGAUGCUGUGUCCUUGUUGUCUUCUGCAAGUUCAGUUCUAAUGUUCCUCGGAAUUCUCAAAUCGCGAUACAAUAUAGGUGAAUUCCUAUUCUCCUUGCCAUGUAAACUGGUUCUGGGAAUCGCCACACUUUUCUUCUCAAUAGUGACGAUGGUGCUCACCUUCGCAACUGCCAUUUAUAUCGUCCUUCACGAUCGAUUAUUGUGGAUUUGCAUUCCCAUUGUCCUGUUUUCUGGCAUUCCUGUUAUGAUUUUCAUGUUUCCUCAAGUUCCACUUCUUUACGAGAUUUGUGCUUCAACAUUUUGGUCCGGCAUAUUCGAAAGGCCAAAUAAGCGUUAUCGUUGAAGUGUUUCGUCUGCAUGGUGUGAGAGUAUGCACCCAUAGACUAACACCAAAUUCAAUGCAUGUAAUUAAUGCCA